AUGACAACGGAAUACGGACAACGCAUCUGGAUUGAACAAGAUCCCAAAGAAUCGGGACAAUUUUACCGAGCGAACAGCUACCCCAGUUUUGAAACCGAUGACGAAGAAGACGACAAGGAUGAUACUGAUGUGGAAAUGUUGCUGGGUGAAGUGGAUCACAUCUUUGGGAUUACAAGUAGUAGCAAAGGCUAUGGCUCCAAUGGAAACUACUUCCAUCCAACUGGCGGCAGUAAUCGCAAAGUAUCACUGAACUUGCCAUCUCAGAAUAUUCAGACAAUACGAUUUCAGGUGGUUGUCUGGAACAUUGGAACGUUGGAUGUGGCUUCAGGGACUGUGCCCAUGACCUUUCGAAUCUCCUUGUUUUGGAAUGAUGUUCCUGCAGGAUCACCUCCAGGCAGUCCCUCCAAACCACAAAGAAGAACAAAAGACAUGUCUUUCCAAAUGAAGGGACGACAAAAGGCAGUCCCACAACGAAUGGAUAUCAGCAGUGAGGAUAACAAGAACAACACUGAUGAAGCUAUUGAUAUUCCUCCUAUUUCCAUUCUCAAUGUGUCAACCUUUACCAUUAUUGGAAGUCCUGAAAUUGACAUGCUUGAUUGUGAGAGUCGUCUGGUGAGGUGGACCUGCAUGUACCGUGCCACUGUGGUUCAGGGUCGCAUCAAUGUUUCAGCCUUUCCACAUGACUGUCAUACCAUUGCAUUGGAGAUGGCCAUUCUGUCUCAUCGCAAGGCUGGACAACGAUGGGAUCGUCGCUUUUGGAGAUUGGGCUUGGCAACCGAAGAUGAUGUCCGAGUGUCAAGGAAGGCACUGCAAAUUCCCUAUGGAUUGGUGGUGGACCAUGUCCGGAUUCCUGGUGAGGGGAUCUUACCACUCAUGAAGAGCUAUAACACCCAAGAAAGCAGUGCCAGCAGCAGUAAUCAUGGCGCUGGUCUCCAGUUUCAAUUCUGCAGCCAACAAGACAAAUCAUUUGACCGUCGAUCAUUCUGCUCUAUUCCAGAUGUCUACCUCCGAGUGAGCUUGAUGGUGAUACGUGAGAGUGGCUAUUAUGAUCGGAACAUUGUACCGCUUCUUGCUUUUCUGAAUGUUGUGGCAGCUGCCGUUACCUUGAUCCUGGACCCAAGUCACUUUUUCCACCGAGGAUUGCUCAUUCUCAACAUUGCCUUCAAUCAAAUUGGUAUUCGUCUGUCAGUUGACAAGAAUUUGCCCAGUGUUGGGUAUGAAAUUCGUAUGCAAAGUAUCUUGAAUGAGUUUUUCUUUAUCCUCUUGGCACUAAUCCUGGAAGCAGGUACAGUGUAUGCUCUGGAAAUUGACUGGACAAUCUCCAGCCGGUACCUCAAGUGGGUGGAUGCCUUGGCGGCAUGCCUGGCUCUGGGGCAUAAUGCAUACACCGUACGUUCUUACUAUGUGGCUCGGAAUCAAGCUCGACAAAAGUACUGUCAAGGAAUCUUGGAGAAGGAGCUCUCAGCCCGGUUCUCUACACGAGGGCCACUAGUUGUAUAG